GGGUUUUUAAGUACUGGUGACCAGGCGGCCAAAGGCAACUAUGGGCUCCUGGAUCAGAUCCAAGCACUGCGGUGGAUUGAGGAGAACGUUGGCGCCUUUGGUGGUGAUCCCAAGAGGGUGACCAUCUUCGGCUCAGGCGCGGGAGCCUCUUGUGUCAGUCUCUUGACCUUGUCCCACUAUUCAGAAGGUCUGUUCCAGAAGGCGAUCAUCCAGAGCGGGACCGCCCUGUCCAGCUGGGCAGUGAACUACCAGCCUGCCAAGUACACUCGGAUAUUGGCAGAUAAAGUCGGCUGCAACAUGCUGGAUACCACGGACGUGGUAGAAUGCCUUCGGAAUAAGAACUACAAAGAGCUUAUUCAGCAGACAAUCACCCCGGCCACAUAUCACAUUUCCUUCGGUCCUGUCAUCGACGGGGAUGUUAUCCCAGAUGACCCUCAGAUCCUCAUGGAGCAGGGGGAGUUCCUUAAUUAUGACAUCAUGCUUGGUGUCAACCAAGGGGAAGGCUUAAAGUUUGUUGACGGCAUAGUGGACAAUGAAGAUGGCGUGACGCCCAACGACUUUGACUUCUCCGUGUCCAACUUUGUGGACAACCUUUAUGGCUAUCCGGAGGGGAAAGACACCUUGCGGGAGACCAUUAAAUUCAUGUACACGGACUGGGCAGAUAAGGAAAACCCGGAAACUCGACGGAAAACCCUGGUAGCUCUCUUUACAGACCACCAGUGGGUGGCCCCCGCUGUGGCCACAGCUGACCUGCACGCCCAGUAUGGCUCUCCAACAUAUUUCUACGCCUUCUACCACCACUGCCAAAGCGAAAUGAAGCCCAGCUGGGCAGACUCAGCCCACGGCGACGAAGUACCCUAUGUGUUUGGGAUCCCCAUGAUUGGCCCUACUGAACUCUUCAGCUGUAACUUCUCCAAGAAUGAUGUCAUGCUCAGCGCAGUGGUCAUGACGUACUGGACAAAUUUCGCCAAAACUGGUGACCCUAACCAGCCAGUUCCUCAGGAUACCAAGUUCAUUCACACGAAACCCAAUCGCUUUGAGGAAGUGGCCUGGUCCAAAUAUAACCCCAAAGACCAGCUCUAUCUGCAUAUUGGCCUGAAACCCAGAGUAAGGGAUCACUACCGAGCUACGAAAGUGGCUUUCUGGUUGGAACUCGUCCCUCACUUGCACAACUUGAAUGAGAUAUUCCAGUACGUUUCGACAACCACCAAGGUCCCUCCUCCCGACAUGACCUCCUUCCCCUAUGGGACCCGGCGAUCUCCUGCGAAGAUAUGGCCAACGACCAAACGCCCAGCGAUCACUCCCGCUAACAAUCCGAAACACUCCAAGGACCCUCACAAGACGGGGCCCGAGGACACAACCGUCCUCAUCGAAACCAAACGGGAUUAUUCCACUGAAUUAAGCGUCACCAUCGCCGUGGGGGCAUCCUUACUCUUCCUCAACAUUUUGGCAUUCGCAGCGCUGUAUUACAAGAAGGAUAAGAGACGCCACGAGACUCACAGGCGCCCCAGUCCCCAGAGAAAUACCACCAACGACAUUGCUCACAUCCAGAACGAAGAGAUCAUGUCCCUGCAGAUGAAACAGCUGGACCACGACCAUGAGUGUGAGUCGCUACAGGCUCACGACACCCUGAGGCUCACCUGUCCGCCAGACUACACCCUCACGCUGCGCCGGUCCCCAGAUGACAUCCCUCUUAUGACCCCAAAUACCAUUACCAUGAUCCCAAACACACUGACGGGAAUGCAGCCUUUGCACACCUUCAAUACCUUCAGUGGAGGGCAAAACAGUACCAAUUUACCCCACGGACAUUCAACCACCAGAGUAUAGCUUUGCGGGUCCCUUCCCUUCCCUCUGUUCCUCCCCUCAGCAGCAUCGAAGAGAGACAGAAAGACAGAAGCAACAUCUCCACACAAGGAAUGUUUUUCAUCCCACCAACUUGAGACAAAAGAGCAAAAGGGCGGUCAUUGCGUCCCCGGACCCGUCCCAUUGGCAUUUCCCGGUAUGACAAGAUCAACUUCUGACCCUAUGAAAUGUGAAAAGUAUACAUUGCUGUUACAAUACUGCUUUAAGAUCUCCACCACUCCAGCCAACGUUUAGUGUGACUAGGACAUCGCCCUUUCAAGGACUUGGAUGUUUCCAACAUAACAAUUGAAGCUGACACUUCUAGAACUCGGCCAGGGACACGAUUUUUUUUUUUUUUUAAUUAUGAUUGGAAAAAAAAAAAGUUCUUUAUGUGCCAUAUGAUGGAUGGCUCUACUUAAGUGAAGAAAGAGUUUAUGGGCUUUUACCCAGCAUAUGGAGCUGUAAUCUAGAGAGAAGGCAAAGUAGAAUUUUAUUAUUAAAAUCAAAGAACUGACUAUGCAGUAACAUACGUAUAGUUCUGUGCAAAGAGAUGUUUGGCCAGCCUGAACUAUAUUUAAGAAACUUUGUAAAGAAAAAUGUAUAUAGCUGUGAGUUUAAACAAAAACACACACAGAAAACAACAACAAAAAACAGACAAAAAAGCUUUUAUUGGUGUUUUCAGUUUGAAAGAGCUUUUAGCAAGAUUGUGUUUUCCAUUGUGGUCUGUAUGUAUAUAA